AUGGGAAGUGCAGGGACUCCAGUGACUUUCAACGAGAACGGUGAUGCUCCUGGACGCUACGACAUCUUCCAGUAUCAGAUCAACAACAUGUCUGCAGCGGAGUACAAAGUGAUUGGACACUGGACCAAUCAGCUGCAUCUAAAUAUGGAUGCCCUGCAGUGGCUGACCGAUGACUCCUUUAUUCCCGCCUCUGUGUGCAGCUUCCCGUGUCGGACGGGUGAGAGGAAGAAGGUAGUGAAGGGUGUCCUGUGUUGCUGGCACUGUGAGGCGUGCGAGGGGUACCACUACCAGGCCACCGAGUUCACCUGUGAACUCUGCUCCUAUGAAAUGAGACCGAACCAGAACCGGACGGGCUGCCAGCCGAUACCUAUAAUCAAGCUGGAGUGGCACUCGCCCUGGGCCCUGGUGCCUGUGUUCAUCGCUGUUCUGGGGAUUAUUGCAACAACUUUCGUCAUUGUGACAUUCAUCCGUUACAACGACACCCCCAUUGUUCGUGCCUCGGGCAGAGAGAUGAGCUACGUUUUGUUGACGGGUAUUUUCUUGUGCUACGUCGUUACCUUUCCCAUGAUCGCCGCCCCUGAUCUUGCAGUCUGCUCUUUGCGCCGGAUCUUCCUGGGCCUCGGCAUGUGUUUCAGCAAUGCCGCUCUGCUAACCAAGACCAACCGCAUCCACCGCAUCUUCGAGCAGGGAAAGAAAGCUGUGACGGCACCUCGCUUUAUCUCACCAGCCUCCCAGCUCAUCAUAACUUCCUCUCUCAUCUCAGUUCAGCUCCUGGGUGUCCUUGUAUGGUUUGCUGCUGACCCGCCUCACACCUUUGUGGACUAUGGAGAGCAGCGCACGUUGGACCCUGGGAAUGCACGCGGCGUCCUAAAGUGUGACAUCUCUGAUCUGUCACUCAUCUGCUCACUGGGAUACAGCAUCCUCUUAAUGGUCACAUGCACUGUUUAUGCCAUCAAGACUCGCAGUGUGCCUGAGACAUUUAACGAGGCCAAACCCAUUGGAUUCACCAUGUACACCACCUGCAUCAUCUGGCUGGCUUUCAUCCCCAUCUUCUUCGGCACGGCGCAGUCAGCAGAGAAGAUGUAUAUCCAGACGGCCACACUGACCAUCUCCCUAAGCCUCAGUGCGUCGGUCUCCCUGGGGAUGCUCUACGUGCCCAAGGUCUACAUCAUUAUCUUCCACCCUGAGCAGAAUGUCCCCAAACGCAAGCGCAGCUUUAAGGCCAUCGUCACCGCCGCCACCGUGACCACCAAGCUGUCGCAGCUGGCAGCAGAGCGGCCCAACGGCCAAGUGAAGACAGAGUUGUGUGAGGGCGUGCAGGCCAGCGUGCCACCUAUAAAGACCACCUAUGUCAGCUACACAAACCACAGCAUCUGAGCAAACAGCAGCUAUGAAGAGGUGACUCUGAAGAACAGACCUGCAGCCAAACCUAAAACAGGAAGAAGGAGCCGAAGCAUCAGGGAGCUGCAGAGUUUGUGGUCUUAGAGGAAGCAGGGAGCUGCCCGCAUUGCUGCACGUCAGACGAUCACAUCAGAAACUAUUCAGGAAACAAAAGCUGAACUUGAACUGACCGUAUUGUUGUAGUAUUUUAAAAAAGAGAAGUAACUUUGUUGUGAACGAAAGUUCUGGUGAUCCCGACCCGUACUCAGAUCAGUGGCUCAUUGAUUUUUCAAGCAUGUCAG